AUGACCACUGUGGAUCCUGAUGAUCUCUUGGGUAACACAUCUUUCAAGCCUAUCCUGGCUGAUCCAUUGCUUCCUACCAUAUCUGAGAUGAAAGCUACUUGUGAUCGGCUCAUCAAUGAUCUUAAGGCCAAGUCCAUCAUUACUCAUUGUCUCUCUGCCUCUGUUAAACAGCUCAUCUCGACUAGUCAUAAGUUGACUGCUUGUGACUCUUGGCAGACUCUUGCAGACCAUUUUGGAUGGGAUCUCAACAUGUUGUUUCAUUGUGUGCUCCAUGAGUGCCUGCUUCACAUGGGGGCAGUUUACACUGAUGCUGAGGCAUUCAAGGCUCUCGUCACUCUGGCUCUCCCCAUGCAUGCUCCUGUUGUCACUGCCACUAUCUCGCCUUCUGCAUCUGCAUCUGCCACUGCUGGCUCUUCUUCCACUGUAGGCUCCUCAUUCUCCUUCCCUCCACAUCUGCCUUUGAUGCCUGUGUUGCCUGUAUUUUGGCUGAAGCUGCUUGUAUUCUUGAUGAACAUGCUCUUGCUGGUGGUGCACCUGGCUUGGAGUAUGCGAACACUUCUUCAUAAGCACCACCACAAUCCUGAGGGAGUUUUCUGUACUACUGUUGGUUGCAAUAAGGGAGACCAUGAUCAUGCACACUGCUACAUGAAGGGUGGUGGCAUGGAAGGUCAAGCUCCCUGGAUGAAGGGGAAAAAGAAAAAGAAAGAGACAGCCACUGCUGUGGUCAUUCCUCUUCCCAUCCCAACACCAGCUGCUCUCCCUCCCUCUACUGCUAUCUCUGCCUUUGCAGGCACUCAGCAUGCAGCUGAUUCAUUCCUUGCAGACCUUUCCUGUGCCUCCAUCAUUGAGGUACCUAAUGCAGGCUCUGGUGCUGACAUGUUUCCCACCAUGGACACCACAGUUCUCUCUUGCAUCAUCACUGCAGGCUUUAAUGCCAUCCUUGACUUGAGGACCAUGACCACUCUCAUCCAAGACCAUUCUUACUUCUGGUCUUACUCUACUGCUGAUGCUGUCACUGUUUGCACUGUGAACCAUGGCAGCUUGAGUACCUCUGGUCAUGGUGACUGUGUUGCCAUACUGUUAAUUGGUGACAACAGACAUUGUGUUCAUCUCUUGAACUGCCUACAUGCACUGUUUGUGAUGUUGAACCUGCUCUCUGUGGGCUAG